UAGAACGCAUUCCGGAAGGAAAAGCGUGUAAAGAGCUCAUUCCUGAGGGGAAAGGAGCGAACAAAUCAAAUAAAUUAAAUUGUAACAACAUACCAACUAUAGCAUCACACGGAAAACAACGUCAAUGUCGUAAAUGUUAUCAACAUUUUGAUACUAGCAAUGAAUUAUUCAAGCAUCUUAGAAAUCAAUGUUAUCCUGACGAAAUAAGACAGCAAAUAAAUAAAUUAACUGAACAUAUUAGCGAUGAUAAACAACGAGAACAAAUUUUAAAAAUUUUAUGGAAAUAUGGAAAAUUAUUUGACAUUAGUGAACCAUCAAAAAUUGAUAUAAUUUUAAAAAAUGCUAUUGAUACUGGUACACAUCGUCCUGUUCAUACUCCACCAUAUAGAAAAUCAAACAAAGAUCAAGAAACCUUAAGAAAAGAAACAGAUAAAUUAUUAAAAAAUGGAAUUAUUGAACAUUCAACAUCACCAUGGUCUUCACCUAUCGUUUUAGUAAAAAAGAAGGAUGGAACAACAAGAUUUUGCGUCGAUUAUCGUCGCUUAAACCAAAUUACAACAAAAGAUGCUUUUCCAUUACCAAGAAUUGAUGAUAUUUAUGACCAAUUAACAAAAGCAGCAUAUUUUACAAAAUUCGAUUUCAAAGCAGGUUAUUUUCAAGUACCAUUAGAUAAAUCAGAUCGACCAAAAACAGCAUUUUCAACUCGAGAUGGACACUUUCAGUUCAAAGUAUUACCUCAAGGUCUCACUAAUGGACCACCAACAUUUCAACGUAUUGUUAAUCAAAUAUUAGGUCCAAACAGAUGGAAACAUGUACUCGCCUAUAUCGAUGAUAUUAUUAUUUAUUCACAAAAUUUUAAUGAACAUUUAAAACAUAUCGAAGAAGUAUGUUUAUUAUUACAAGAAGCCAAUUUUAAAUUAAAUGUUGACAAAUGCGAAGUUGCAAGAGCAGAAAUAUUAUUUCUUGGACAUGUAAUUAAAGCAGGUACUAUUAAACCUGAUCCAGACAACAUCCGUGGUUUGACCGAAACACGUGAACCAACAUCAGCUGAAGAAGCAUUUAGAUUCGUCAAAGCAGCAGAAUAUUACCGAAAAUUUAUUCCAAAACUUUCCACCAUCGCCGCACCAUUACAUCAAUAUUCUCCAGCAACAGUACAACAACAGAAGAAUAAUAAAAAAUUAAAAUUUGAAUUAUCUGCUGAAGCUAGAACAGCAUUCCACCAACUAAAGAAAAUCUUAACAACUGAUCUUAUUCUUGAUUUACCUGAUGAUACAUUAUUAUUUAAAUUACAAACUGAUGCUUCUGUAGAUGGAAUUGGUGCUGUUCUAUUACAAAUUACUUCCAAUGGUGAUCGACCAUUGGCAUAUAUGUCAAAGAAAUUAACAAGAACACAAAUUAAUUGGCCAACAAUUGAACAAGAAUGUUAUGCAAUAGUACAAGCAAUAGAAAAAUGGGACAAAUAUCUUCGUGGACACGAAUUUAUAUUAGAAACUGACCAUGAACCAUUAAUUCAUUUUGCAAAUAAAGAACAAUUAAAUAAAAGAUGUGAACGAUGGCGAUUAAAAUUAGCUGAAUAUCGAUUUAAGGUGAAACAUAUUCAAGGUAAGAAAAAUCAUAUGGCAGAUUAUCUUUCAAGAUCACCAGUCGACAUAGCUGAAGAAGAUAUUGAAGAACGAACUCAGUAUGAAUCAACAUCAACACAAACAGAUUUAUCAUUUUCAUCAUUAAAUGAUAAUUUGAUUCCAUUAAAAAUAACAACAGCAAUUACUAGAGCUCAAGCCAAAUUACAACAACAAGCAACGGCAACACCAUCUAUUAAACCGACGGAUGGAAAAAUUAAUGAGCUCAUCUCACAAGGGAAAGUAGCGACUGAUGAAGAAUUGAUAAUCAAACCAUCAGAUGAAAAUCCAAACAAGAUCAUCCUAUUUGAUAUGGAUGAUUUAAGAAAAUGUCAAGAAGAAGACAAAACAAUUCAAGAAAUAAAAAAGAAUAUUAAGAAUAAAAAACAUUAUUUUAUUGAAGAUGGAAUAUUAUUUAAAAAACAACAACUACCACUUCCACCAGUGCCAUACGUUUCAGUAGGACGAAUACGUGCUGAUAUAUUAAAAAUUUAUCAUGAUACACCUGCUAAUGGAGCUCAUUUUGGCCGUGACAAAACAAUAAGGAAAAUUCAAGAACGUUAUUAUUGGCCAACAAUGAUAGCAGAUAUUAAAAAUCAUUUAAAUUCAUGUUUACCAUGUGCACAAAAUAAUUAUCGCCGUCAAAAAUUACCAGGAAAAUUAAAACCAAUACCACCACCCGAAGGAAUAUGGAAAUUAUUAAACGUUUUAUCAAAAUUUGUUAUUGCAAAAGCUGGCACUCCAACAUGUAUAUUAACCGAUAAUGGUACUCAUUUUACUUCUCAAGUUAUGAACAAAUUAUUUGAAAAUAUUGGAGUCACUCAUCUUUAUUCCACAGUAUAUCAUCCACAAACUAAUGGACAAAUUGAACGAUUUAAUGCUACGAUGGAUGGAAAAAUUGCCGCCUUAUGUAAUGAACGACGCACGGAUUGGGAUGAAGUAUUACAAUUUGUUACAUUUAAUUAUAAUACAUCAAUACAUGCAACAACAAAACAAACACCAUUCGAAAUGAUGCAUGGAAGACAAGUUACACUUCCAUUUGAUCAACAAAAAGAAAUUAUUUCGCUCACACAAGAUCCAGAGCACAGUCAAAAAAUUAGAAUAUAUCUCGAAAAAUUAGUAAAUGCAGCUCGAAACAAUAUUAUAAAAAAUCAACAACAAUAUAAAGCUCGAUAUGAUUUACAUAGACAAGAUUUAUCAUUAAAACUCAAUGAUCUAGUUUUGGUAAAAACAAGAAACAUUAGAAAUAAAUUUGAUAUACGAUAUGAAGGUCCAUUUAAAAUUAUAAAACAAUUAGGAAUUAAAACAUUUAUUGUCCAACAUGUUAAAAAAUUAACGUUAACAAAACAAGUGACAAUGGAUGUUAUCGUUCCAUUGGUGGAACGAUGGAAUUUAAUCCAAUAA